AUGUAUAAAUCAAUUUGUGAACAAACAUCAUUCAUACCAAUAUCAGACUCGAGUUUAUAUCGUAUUUUAAGACCAAGUCAAUUGAAAACUUUAAGUGGUCUUGAUAAUGUUACAACUGAUGGACUAGAAGCUUAUUCUACUAUUGAAAAUCGUUUAUCACAACUAAAUUUAGAUCCUUCAAUUCAAAAUCGUAUUAAAUUUAAUCUUACUAAAUCUAGAUAUACACUGAAUAAUCAUAUAGAAAAAGGUGAUAAUAUUGAUAUAAAAAAUGAAUUACAAUAUGAUAUGCAUACAUCUCAGAAUUCAGUAAUUAAUUAG